AUGACAAAGCCUUACGAAGAGCAAAGAGAACAAAAGAGCAGACAAGGAUCGGACUUAACAAUUUACGCCACGCCAUCGCUGAAGAGGAAGCCGCUUGAGAUGGCCCGGACCGAGCCCUCCAAAGAGAAGAAGCGGGCUCCCGCGAAACUGGACCUAUCGUCCGCCAGCGGCCCCGUCGUCGAGCCUCCUUCGCCCCCGCCCAAACCCGUCACCUGUCCCAUAUGCACCCUCCAGUUGCCCCUCCUCGAGGCCAUCAAAACUCACAUCAGGGAGGACCAUCCUCAGCUCUAUGACCCUACCCUGGACCAACAACAACCAGCUCCUCAGGCUAAGUCCUAA